GUUGUCUGCCUGCCUCUCGUCCAGAGGACAUAAAGCUUUGCUACUGCUCGCAAGUCUAAAGGCAGGCAUGAACUUCGAGCCACAGCCAUGGCGGACAAAGAAGCAACAGUUUACAUCGUGGACCUGGGGAGGUCCAUGGGACAGCGCUAUCAUGACCGAUCGGUAACGGAUCUUGAGUGGGCGAUGCAGUAUGUCUGGGAUCGCAUCACCGGGACGGUAGCCACUGGACGGAAAACAGCUGGAAUAGGUGUGAUCGGCCUUAGAACCGACGACACCUCGAACGACUUGGAAGAUGACGCCGACUUUGCAAACAUCUCCGUACUAUCAGGCAUUAAACAAUUCCUUAUGCCCGACAUCCGAGAUUUGAGUGAAAGGAUAAAUCCGAGUAGAACCAACAAGGGUGACGCUAUAUCUGCUAUUGUGCUCGCAAUCCAGAUGAUCAUCAUGCAUUGCAAGAAACUCAAGUACAAACGCAGAAUCGUCCUCGUUACCGACGGCAAGGGCCCGAUGAAUACGGAUAGCCUCGGCGAGAUUACGAAAAAAAUCAAGGAGGAUAACAUCGAACUUCUCAUCAUGGGCCCUGACUUUGAUGAUCCGGAGUUUGGGGUGAAAGAAGAAGACAAAGAUCCCCAGAAGGCUGAGAAUGAAGCAAUUUUGCGAAGUCUUGCCGAAGACUGCGACGGAGCCUACGGGACUCUGGAGCAGGCCGUGGCAGAGCUGCAAAUCCCCCGAGUCAAAAAUGUCAGAGUUACAGCCACCUUCAAAGGGUUCCUGCAGCUUGGAGACCCAGAAGAAUAUGACACUGCGCUCCGAAUCCCCGUGGAACGAUACUUCCGCACACACGCCGCGAAGCCUCCAUCUGCAAGCCAAUUCGUCCUACGCUCAGAUCUCGCGGCCUCACAAGAGGAGCCCGGAUCCUCAGCGACAGUGACCAGCACCCAGAAUUCUCAGCCACUGGAUGGCAGCUCCCUGACAAACGUACGGAACCUCCGUGCUUAUCAGGUCACGGAUGAGGAGGCACCUGGGGGAAAGAGAGAGGUGGAACUUGGUGAUCUUGCCAAGGGCUACGAAUACGGGCGGACAGCAGUUCAUAUCAGCGAAACCGACCUGAACAUCACGACACUCGAGACAUUCGCAGCUUUGGAACUGCUAGGUUUCAUCCAGAGCGACCGCUAUGACCGCUACAUGCACAUGUCAACCACCAACAUCAUCAUCGCGCAGCGCGCCAACGAUAAAGCCGCGCUAGCGCUGUCCUCAUUCAUUCACGCCCUUUUCGAACUGGAAUGCUACGCCGUGGCUCGGCUAGUGGUCAAGGAGAACAAACCACCGAUCGUUGUCCUACUUGCCCCGUCCAUCGAGCCCGAUUACGAAUGUCUUCUGGAAGCCCAGCUACCCUUCGCUGAAGACGUCCGGACGUAUCGCUUCCCCCCUCUCGACAAAGUCCUCACCGUGUCCGGCAAAGUGGUAACGCAGCACCGAAACCUACCCAGCGAUGAUCUCAUGGAUGCCAUGGAGAAAUACGUGCUGGGCAUGGAACUCAAGGAGGCAGAUGAGGACGGAGAACCAGUAGACACGCUCCCGAUCGAAGACUCCUUUUCUCCGGUGCUGCAUCGCACCGACGCAGCCAUCCGUUUCCGCGCCAUCCACCCCGACAAGCCCAUUCCUCCACCCUCCUCAACCCUCACGAAGUUCGCCAACCCGCCACCAGACCUGGUCGAGCGAUCCAGGAAACAGCUCGAGAAACUCAUUGCCAUCUCAGGCGUCAAGAAAGUACCACCCAAAGCCAAGGGGCGCAAGCGGACUCGCGAGACGGAGAAGCCAUUGUCCGGCCUUGACGUCGACGCACUGCUCCACCAAGAGAAACGCACCAAGAUCUCUCCGAACAACGCCAUCCCAGAGUUCAAGCAGACGUUGGCGCAGGCGGAGAAUAUCGAGACCAUCAAGGAUGCGGUGAGGCAGAUGAGUGCUAUCGUGGAAGGUCAGAUCCGCCAUAGUCUCGGGGAUGCGAACUAUGACCGGGUCAAGGAGAGUCUGGGCACGAUGCGGGACGAGCUGGUCGCCUACGAGGAGCCGGCGCUGUACAAUGAUUUCCUAAAGGGGCUCAAGGAUAAGAUCCUGCAGGAGAAACUGGGCGGCGAUCGGCGGGAGCUCUGGUGGUUGGUCCGUCGGAGUAAACUAGGGCUGAUCGACCAGCAGCAGUCGGAUCGGUCCGAGGUGACGGAAGAAGAGGCCAAGGCGUUCAUGUCUGCCAGUUAGGGAAGAGCGAGAUAGAAUGAGAAAGCUUAUUCAUUGGAAAAAGUCCGUGGCGAGAUGAAAGUCCAUGCUUGUUUGAGUGCUAUUACUAGGUGGUACUCAGACAUGAUCGAGACAACCAGAAACAAAAUCCGCUAAAGCUGACACAAAAGAACAAGCCAUCCAUAUGCAAGGCAU